AUGGACCGUCGGCAGACACCAUACCGGUCGUCAGUACAGGGCAGCGUGCAGGAAGAACGAGCCUACUCAGACACCUUCCUCCCUCUUUCCAACAACUCGAGCGACUUUGUGCCCGCACAUCGCAAAACGCAGUCCGUCGAGAUCUUGACGGACUGGCUCAACGCUCGCCCCGACACCACAACACCACCUUCACCUACCGCUUCUCGCCCCUCAUUAGCAACCCCGACGCCGAAAGUCACGACGCUCAAACGAACCAACACCAACCGCUAUAAGAACUCGCCAUUACGCAACUACACAUAUUCACCGAAAUCGAUAGAGGACCUGCGGGAGGCGUGGCGCCAGCAUAAUCCCUAUAAGUUGAAGAGCGUCUCGCCGGAUCGGAGGACGGAUAACUCCUCUACUUCGCCAACAUCGCCCGUUUUGGCUUUUGCCGCUGACCUGCCGCCAUUACCAGCGUUGCCCGUUCCGGAGGAUGGCUACGUGUCCGCAACUGAUGGGUCGAUGACGGAUUUCACGGAUGUUGAUGCGGAGGAAGGCGCCGCGGUGAGAUCGUCUACAAUAGAGGUCGAAUCGCCUCAGGAUCCCGAGUCUCCGGCGCAGAGCAAAGGCGGGAAUUCGGAGAAUACGUCGUCCCCCACGUUGAGCAUUAACGAGCUGAUAGACGGGUAUGACGCCAUGCGAACAUUGGGGAGAAAUCCGGAAUCUGCAGUGAAGAGAGCUGAGACCCAGCAGAGUCCGAAAGCAGCGGACGAAGAUGUGUUUUACACGCCUAUGGGCAUUCCACCUGCGGCGGAGGGCUCAUAUUUCCCGGCACGACCUACAGCUGGCGGCGCCUCGAAUGCUGCACCUAUCCCGCCGCCUAGGAAUGGAAGCAAACACGCGGGUCCGAGUGAUGCGAGAACAUGGGAGGCUAUCAUCGAGCGACUGGAAGGAUGGGUGUCGAUGUUGGAUGCCAUGUCUGAGCGACAUACUCGGACAAGUCAAAGCACGCCUACCCCUGCUCCGAACUCCUUGUCGGUCCGAACACAUAAGGAUGCGCCUUCAGGAAGUCAAAGCGUGCGGUCGCCAACCUCACCGCUACCGAGUGGAGCUCCGCGAAACAACUUCAAGUUCCAGGUAACAGUGGGCGAGGACAAUCGGAUCCAUAUUGAGAUCGACCCGACAGGUGCCGACAUUGUCGCAACCUCGCCAACUGUGCAGGUCGCCAACAUCCAGGGCCGUGAAGACGUGUCCUGGGAACACGACGCAACGAAUCGCUCGACGCCCACCCCUUCUUCGAAUCCUCGUGACCUCAGCUGGGAUAGACACGGAAAAGAACGUUUCCCAACCACAGACUCGGCUGUAUCAGGCGUCGGGUCGUUCGAAACCAGCACACCGGCGUCAUCGCCUCGGAAGCUUACCACCCUCACCCUUCCAUCAUCGUCAUCUCUUACUUACACAAGCGCGAAACAGCCUGGAAUUUCAUCCCCCGCGAAGACGGCCAGCGAUCCUGGCUAUAUGUCUGCCAAUUCUUCCCUAUUGACAUUCGGCGAUCUGGUGCCGGACAUGUCGCAUGUGAUCGUGAACCCGGGGCAGCAUCUCAAACAGGUCUCAGUGGUGCCAGGCUCGCCGAUACGAAAUUUGGAUGAGGGUCACAAGGCUAGUAUCGUGAAUACCGCAACCCGUGCGCCAGCGGGUGGUGUAGCAGCAAAUAGCGGGUCACGGGCGGGGCCAUCCUCUCCCCUGGCGUCCUUGGCUGCAAAGAUUUCAUCGCUCGACAAUGGUCAGGAAUCGUCAACCUCUUACCACACGGCCGCUGAAAACCCAUAUCCCGAAGAAGAUUCGACUCCUAGUCCCUUUGACGAACCCUCUGGCCCACACAACGCCGUCUUUGAGUAUGUCAUCGACACCGGAAAACACAAUGUUACCAAACACCUUGUAGCGGCAACGCCUGUCAAAUUGGUCGAGUACCUCACCACGGAUGCUCCCCCGGAUUUCGUAGUAGAUUUCUUUAUCACUUACCGGGUCUUUAUGAGCGCAAAGUCGCUGAUGAGUCUGCUCCUGCAACGAGUGGUGUGGUGUCUCAGAGGCAUGUGGAGCGGUUCGGGGACACAGGAAGGGAGACGGCGCCUCGUGCUGGUGAAAACGCUGAUGCUGUUGGAAUACUGGGUGGAUUUGCAGUAUGAUGUUGAUUUCGCACCGUCGCGGACGCUGAGGGCUUCGCUGAACACGUUCCUGAAGACGAAGCUUGAAUCGCAUCCAAACCUUGCCAAUGGGUCAACGAAUCGACAGACGCGGUCGGAUGCGGGUGAGGAGGAGAACGUGGCGGCACAAGUGCGUGCAUUGCAGGACCUUCUGGUUGUGAGGAAAGAGCAACGGCGCAUGCGGAGCAGGAGCCGCGAUCGUUUGAGGAGUCGAAGUAAACAUCACAGGUCUGGCGCACCUUCUCGCAGUUCCCACCGGCACAAUCAUUCAGACGAUGAGACCCGGUCUGGCGGACACAGCGACACGUCGCACCGACGGAGGUGGCAUGGGGAUCAAACGGAGCCCACGCUUUAUGUCAACAGGAUCAAGGGGAGUGAUACGGGAAGUAAUCGCAGCCCGCCGAAUAAUAGUGCAGAAAGCGUCAUCUACGCGGCGGGCGGCAAGAGUUCGCCGGCUCCCUCUGUUGGAAGAAUCGACUCACCCGACGCCCGAUCGCAACCGUACAUGUUCUUCCCGGAAGUUAGGCCGUCGGUGGAUACCAUCCGCUCCGGGGUAUCAUCGCAGGUCACGGCGGCGUCGUCUACCGUGCCGGGUCAACAAAGCCGGACAUGGAAGUCAUGGAUCUUCCGAAAGCAUGGACAUCGGGCGACAAUCCUAGAUCCACCGCCAUCGGAGGGCAGUCAUCUUUCUCCGAAAUCGUCGCAAUUGUCGCUGCACAUGGCAGGAAGUCGCUCGAACACGCCUACGCCCUCUCUUCCCGACCCGCCGCACCCUGGCGCACAAUCUAUACAUCGGUCUUUCCUUGUCGACUACCCGCCUCAUGCUCUCGCUCAGCAUUUUACGCACAUCGAGCAGCAGUACAUCCUGCAGGUCGAUUGGCCGCACCUUCUCCUCACGCAGAGCUGGAAAGUCAGAUCCAGCGCGGGAUUCAAGACUGUUCCGGACGUCUGGAGAGUGGUCGAUAGGUUCAACGCGACAUGCUGGUGGGUAGCCCGCGAGCUCAGCAAGUGUGAGGGAGGCGCGCAGGGAAAAGCGGCGAUGCUGGAGCGGGUGGUGGAGAUGGCGAGGAUCGCGGCGCGGUGGAGGAAUUGGUCUACGGGGCUAGCCUUUGUGUUGGCCGUGCAAUCAGUGUGGCCGCUGCAGGGCGGCGAGGGACCAGGUGUCGAUUCGUACAAAUUCGCUUACGAUACGUUGCCGUUGGGGAUCCAUGGCGGUAGCGGUGGUGGCAACAAGGCACCGCCGACUGUUGCGAAGAAGGCCUCGUCUGCGAGCUUGGGACACGGUGGCGCAUCGUCUAAGGAGGCUGGAAAGGACGGCGUUGUCAAUGUAUGGCAUCAUGUUCCCGAGUCCACUCGCCAGGCCUUCACUAAGCUCCUCGAGUUUGCCGACCCCGCCCGGGCCAAAUUCGCAAAGCUGAGGGAGGUGCAAGAGACGUGCGCUAAGGAGGUGGUUCUGGAUUGGGAUACUUGGUGGUCUGAGCGCCCUGAUCGUCGGAAGGCGCGCGUCGACACCAAAGGCAAAAGACCCGCGGUGGGUGCGUCGUCAACCACAAAGCCUACACGGCGGAUGAGACGAGCGGACAUGUUAUCUUGGACGAAUCCGGAUGCGGCUCACGAAGAUGAAGACGAGCCACAGGAGAAGUCGCUGUGUGCUGUGCCUUUCUUCGGCCUCUUCCUCAGCGACCUAGCGUACGUUGAUGAGGUCGGAUGGUUUUUCGAGCCUUUCGUUGGCCCCGGCUCGUCAUCCGAGUCGUCUGGGUCGGACCAUCAACGUCACGGGCGCAUCCAACAGCAACAGAAACAGAACAAGGACGCGUUCCUCACAGGCCCGCCACGCCACCGUAGCAGUCGCUCGCGAUCGAAGUCCCGGCCACGGACACCCCCGAACCAGACCGAGUCUGCCCCCGGGUUGUUGCCCGCUGUACCCCCGCUCUCUCCCUUGUUCAAACCGACAGACACAACGUUCUUGUCCUCCGUCGUCACUGCUGCCUCGCCUCCGAAAUCAGAACGCAAGGACCCCGCGCUGCCUACGUCCGCAUCAGAAGCAGGAAGGUCGGUGCCGCUGGCGUCGUCUCACGUGGUUGCGACGACGACCCCCAGUCAGUCUUCAUCACCUGCCACCGUCAAACAAUCAUCACACCCGCACCACUCACCCCAACGUCUCGUCAACCUCAAACGCGCCCGCCGCACCGCCGCCAUCAUCCGCAACUUCCGCUCCUUCCAGAUGCCCGAACGGCGAUACCCGCUCCUAGACGACGACGACAGCGACGACGACGGUCUGGACUGUCAUAAUGAUUACCACCAUGAUGAUGGCGACGCGUAUGGCGAUCACCACCAUUAUCGAUACGAGUACUACAAUUCCGAUCUAGAGCCUCGGAAAGCGGCUGCUGCGCGACAGCGGACUGAGCAGGAGGUGGCGGCUACGCGGCGACGGAGGGCUGUUCUGGCGGAGGGCGUGAAGAGUCUGGGGGGAUUGUUGGGGUGA